CUGCGCUUUGCGGCAACGUGUAACGUCACGUGGGGCGGUGCUUCGGUGGCGAGAGAAAGGAGGGACCAAGACCCAGAGCGGACAGUUAACGCCACUCACACUUGGAAAAGAGCUAACGGGACAGCAGUGCAAGCCAAUCGUAAUCAGUCUUCUGGAGGCUGAGAGACUGGGGUGGAGACUUCGGAUACUGCGGUUGCAGGUGCCGCCCACCCUGAAUCCCGCUUUCCAAGAUUGGGCCGAGACGCUGCCCACAGUGCGGGGCGUCUGCCCCGCCUGAAGCAAAGGCUGCCCGCGAGCUGCUGGGCUAACGCUGAUCCUUUGUUCUCAUCACCAAGGGACUCAGGCGCCGUUUUGCGGUGGCCAAGCCUGGACCAAAACCCUCGGAAGAAAACGGGAUUCUCUUGUUGAGACACCAGUGGUUACACCGUAUCACAGGUCCUUGCUCUAAAAGUGUCGGAAGUUAAAUAACUUAAGCAGCCUUUCGGAAUUACUCUGUGCCUUCGCUCAGUUGUUUUUAUUGAUGUCUCUUGUUUUCAUAGUUGUGCCACGUAGACUGUAGGUGACUUUUAUAAAAGACCUAGUGAUCAAAGCCCCUUCCAGGUUUUGGUCCAGAGAAAAGUCGAUCUCUGCAGAUAAAUGUGUUGGAGUUUUAAAUGCUUUUACAGUCAUUCACCACAUAAUGAGAUUUCAGUCAACAAUGACCACAUAUAUGACAGUGUAUACCAUGUAACCUAGAUGGGUAGUAGGCCACACCAUCUAGGUUUAUAUAUUAAUGGCCUGGCUCUCAAUUCAGCCUUCUCUGACAUUACUCCAGCAGGAAAAUUGGAGGAGAGUUGAGGCACCUCAUUACACCCUGUUCUAAGAAGAGAUAGAAAUUGGCUAUGGAUAAUUCAUAUGAUUUCAAUCAACACAGCUCAUGUAAUGGAAUUUCAUCUGAGAAGAUUAACGACUUUCUUGUGUCAGAAGAUCAUGGACAGAAAAUCUUAAGUGUACUGCAGAAUUUUAGAGAACAAAAUGUCUUUUAUGAUUUCAAAAUAAUUGUGAAAGAUGAAAUAAUCCCAUGUCAUCGUUGUGUGUUAGCAGCAUGCAGUGACUUUUUCAGGGCUAUGUUUGAAGUAAACAUGAAAGAAAGAGAUGGUGGAAGUGUUACCAUCACUAAUUUGUCCUCUAAAGCAGUGAAAGCAUUUCUUGACUAUGCCUAUACUGGAAAAACACAGAUAACAGAUGACAAUGUGGAAAUGUUCUUCCAGUUGUCAUCAUUUCUUCAAGUUUCCUUCCUAUCCAAAGCUUGCAGUGACUUUUUAAUAAAAAGUAUUAAUAUUGUCAAUUGUUUACAGUUAUUAUCUAUGUCAGAUAGCUAUGGCUCUACCCGCUUAUUUAAUCAUGCAUUAUACUUUGUACAACAUCACUUUUCCUUAUUAUUUAAAUCCAGUGAUUUCUUAGAGAUGAAUUUUGGAAUACUACAGAAAUGUCUGGAAUCAGAUGAAUUAGAUGUUCCUGAAGAAGAAACUGUACUGAAAGUUGUCCUUAAUUGGACUAAAUAUAACUUAGAAUCAAGGCAAAAGCAUCUACCUUAUUUGAUUAAAAAAGUAAGAUUACAUCAGUUACCUGAGGAGACACUUCAAGACUGUCUGCUCAGUGAAGAGUGUUUACUCAAAAGCACAAACUGUUUUGACGUAAUCUUGGAUGCAAUUAAGUGUGUGCAAGGUUCUGGUGGACUUUUCCCUGAUGCUCGACCAUCCACAACUGAAAAAUACAUAUUCGUUCACAAAACUGAGGAAAAUGGAGAAAAUCAGUAUACAUUUUGCUAUAAUAUUAAAACCGAUUCGUGGAAGAUACUGCCACAAUCGCACCUGAUUGAUUUGCCGGGAUCUAGUCUGUCGAGCUAUGGAGAAAAAAUAUUCUUGACAGGUGGUUGCAAAGGGUCAUGUUGUAGAACGGUUCGGCUUCACAUUGCAGAGUCAUAUCAUGAUGCCACUGAUCAAACCUGGUGCUACUGUCCAGUCAAAAAUGAUUUCUUCCUGGUAUCAACUAUGAAAACACCCAGAACCAUGCAUACAUCAGUUAUGGCUCUUAAUAGGUUAUUUGUCAUAGGUGGAAAGACUACAGGAUCUCAGGACAUUAAAAGUCUCUUAGAUGUUGAAUCUUACAACCCUCUUUCCAAAGAAUGGAUGUCUGUGAGCCCCUUACCCAGGGGCAUAUACUACCCCGAAGCAAGUGCAUGCCAAAAUGUAAUUUAUGUUCUUGGAUCAGAGGUGGAGAUUACAGAUGCCUUUAACCCAUCACUUGAUUGCUUUUUUAAAUACAAUGCUACAACUGAUCAGUGGUCUGAAUUAGUCGCAGAGUUUGGGCAGUUUUUUCAUGCAACAUUAAUUAAAGCUGUCCCAGUAAACUGCACACUCUAUAUAUGUGAUCUUUCUACCUAUAAGGUUUACAGUUUUUGUCCAGAUACUUGUGUCUGGAAGGGUGAAGGAUCUUUUGAAUGUGCAGGCUUCAAUGCAGGUGCAGUUGGAAUUGAAGAUAAAAUUUAUAUAUUAGGUGGUGAUUAUGCACCAGAUGAAAUCACAGACGAAGUGCAGGUCUACCACAGCAGCCGCUCUGAGUGGGAGGAAGUCUCACCAAUGCCAAGAGCCUUAACUGAAUUUUACUGUCAGGUGAUUCAGUUUAAUAAAUACAGGGAUCCAUGGUUUUCCAAUCAUUUCUAAAAGUAGUGUGUGCUUAUACAUUGUGAAACUAUUCUGGUUCUAGAAACCUACAGUAAAUUUGUUAACAUUAAUAGUUGGUAAAAAGGUCUUUACAUCUUAAUAAAUUAAAACUGUAUAUUCUAUUAUAGAAUUACUAUGAGUGUACACCAUAUAAGAAUAUGCAGCUCCCAGAAACUUAAAAUACAAAAUACAUUGUACCAAAAAUUGUACCGAAUAUAAUCCAGAAUAUUUAGUAUUUUCAUAUGUAAAUGAAACUCUUAGACUUUUUGUUUUAAUUUUUAAAGUACUUCAUCCAUGGGAGACUGGUAAAAAUAAAAAAGUUCACAGAUCAGUACUAUGUGGAUUGGAGAAAUCUCUUCAUGUAGUAAGAAUGAAUUAUGUAUAUUCUAUAUUAUAUAAAGUGAAAAAUAAACUGCAAAGAAAGGAGAAUCCUACCUUGUUACUACA